UUGGGCAUGGAACACAUUAAGAUCCCUUCCCCGUCUGCGAUCUUAGACAUUCAACCUUCGCCUCCGUCAACAGAAGGGCCUUCUAAGCCUCCUUCUUCCUCUCAGAGGUCCACCUCAAGCCAGCCUGGUGUCUCCAGGGAUCCUAACAAACCGAAGCAGUCAAAAAGCCGUAACGGCUGUAUUACCUGCAAGGCAAAACGAUUGAAAUGUGACGAAUCCAAGCCGACGUGCCUUCAAUGUAAGAAACGGAAGGUGGAGUGUGGAGGAUACAAGAAAGAUUUCAAAUGGCGCCCUUUCGAAGAGACUAACGUUGGCUGCAAGAACGUGUCGACGAAAAGCAAAAAAGCCAUCUCAUCACCCCCGGGUCGGAAGUCUAGCCUUGACUUUUCUACGUCUCCGGACUCGCAGUUCACUGAGGGGUGGUCGAGAACCCUGUCUAAUUCUUUGCCUCUCUUCUCACCAGGGAGUGAAAGGUCUGCACUCGCGCUUGGCUUUUCGAAAGGGGAUGAGCCGACUCCAGGGCGUGCAAAGGUGGAUGCAGUACCAAAGCAACAUCUCUUUGUCCCUACGGAUGAUCUCAUAGGCCCGCUAGAUAUAGCAAGCCUCAAUGAAGGCAUCCUAGCCCCAUCACUAAUCGAGAUUCCACCCCUGGAGCCAUCCUCCUAUAUUUCCGAUGUGUCACUGUCUAAUGCGGGGAUGCAAUCUAGACCCACCCUAGGUGGCGUUUCCCAGCACGACAGCCCGCCAAGGCACCACAGUUUUAGCUUUGAGGCCUUAAUGGAGGUCGAAAACGAUGACAUUGAGGAGAUUAUAAGGAAGUCAGAACUUCCUCUGGGGUCGACUUUCUUAAACAGCACAGAGUGCAUCAAUUCUGCGCAGGCCAAGAAUACAAAUCUUACCCCGAAGAUCCUCUCAGAGCCAAAUUUUAGCAUGGUCAGUCCCGAAAUGCUGGUGUUGCAGUUCGACAGAUUCACAUGUGGGAUCCUGUCUGUGAAGGACGGUGCCCACGAGAACCCAUGGCGGACACUGAUUUGGCCCCUAGCCAAGGAGACCCCAGCGCUAUAUCAUGCCGUAUUUUCUCUAGCGGCUUUUCACUCCAGCAAGGAGAUCCCCAGCCUCAGGGUUCAUGGGAUGGAUCAUAUGCGGCAGAGCAUCACCUACAUGGUGCACGACAUACAAAAUAUGAGAGCAGAUGCAGCCUUGGCCACGAGUCUCGCGCUGGCAUUUGCGGAGACAUGGGAUCAGCAUACGCGCACAUGUAUCCAGCACUUGCGGGGAGCCAAGGCGUUGGUGUCACAGGUUGUAGGAUUUGGUCUUCAAAGCGGGAUGUGCGGCAGUGACCUGGAUAGAAUUCGGUUUCUGUAUAACACCUGGCUAUACAUGGAUGUGAUUUCUCGCCUGACAUCCCGGGAAGAAUCCGGGGAUCAGGAGGUAGAUACCUCUGUUUUCCAGUUGCCCAAGGAUGCAGUGCACGAGAUCGACCCUCUAAUGGGUUGCGCGACAACCCUUUUCCCGUUAAUCCACCAAGUCGCGCGCCUGAUCCAGCGAGUUCGCAGAACCGAGUCCAACUCCCUCUCUAUUGUCUCGCAGGCCAUAGAAUUGAAGACCCUAGUUGAGCAAUGGGAGCCCCCCCGCUGCUUCGAACCCCCAGAUGACCCCACGUCGGAGGUACAGCAUAGUAUCCAAACCGCACACGCUUACCGCUGGGCGACACUGUUGUACCUUCACCAAGCGGUUCCUGAAAUGCCCUCCGAGCCAGCAUCGGAGCUGUCCAAGCGUGUCUUGAUGCUGCUGGCCACAGUUCCCCCCAGCUCCCGUACCACCAUCAUCCAAAUGUUUCCUCUUUUGGCGGCUGGGUGUGAAGCAGAGCAAGAGGAGGAUCGCCAGUGGGUGCUAAAUCGAUGGCUAGCAAUCCAAUCACGUCUCAUGCUUGGGUCUAUUGAUCGUUGCAUCGAGAUUGUCCGAGAGGUUUGGGAUCGCCGCGAUGCCGCGGGGCUUGAGCAGUCCGAUCAUUUACCCACGAAAAGGCUUCAGAUUGAUAAGACAACAAAUGUAGGCCGUGGGUCAGGUGAGCGUGGCUUCACCAGCAGCUUUGCUGAGCCUUGGAGAAGAUCGAGUAUGGCCGAUCGGGUACCUUCUAAGGGCUCUUUGGGGAAGCCACGACGGACCUCGGCAAUCUCUCCGCUGGAAAAUAUCGAAUUUGAUAGGACUGUUCGUGGAAAUUUGCAUUGGGUCAAUGUGAUGCAGGAAUGGGGUUGGGAAGGUAAGAUAUCUUGUUUGCAUUUCUUCUGGUUUCCGUUUUGUUUUUCUUGGGAUCAUGCACCCAAGAAAGCCUCUCGUUCAUAAUCUUGCGACGGCCAUCGGCUCAUAUGUACAGUGUUU